AUGUCAGCACACUGCCACUUCCAGGAACACCGCAUGCAGAACCUGAGGCACAUACAGAAACAGAUGAGGCUGCUGGACCUGCGCCUGCAGAUGCUCCGUGACAGACUGUGCUUAGCUCGCCAUCACAGGUGUGCCCUUUGCUGCUGCAUGCACCCACCCAGAUGCCCGGGGAGAAGGGCCCUCUCUGCAAGGCAGGAUCUGGAGCGACGACUGGACAGAACGAGAAGACUUGGCAUGAUGUUGAGCUCAUCCUGUAGUCAAAACAGCUUGUCUUUGAUCGAUGUGAAGGGUUUUGACCCCAAGGAAAUCACUGUAGUAGUGAAAGAUGGGAAGGUGACCGUGGCAGCGGAGCGCAAGGAGGAGCACAAUACCUGCAUGGGAAAGAUAAGCAGCUACAAGAAAUACAUGAAGGAAUUCAGCCUGCCGCCAGGGGUGUCCGAGAAGGAGGUGACCUACUCAGUGGAAUCCAACAACAUCGUGGAACCACCCAAGUGCUGCCCUUAUCUCUGCAACUGCUGA